GGCGCAGGAGCAGGUUCGUGGAUCCGGUAUAGCACGUUCUGAGCACUCCCGCCCCUCCGCCUGCCGGGUCCACGACCUCCCUCCUCUCCGGACCGGGGCGGCCCAGUCUCCAGCAACGGCUGGGCUCCUGCCCGGGUGGGGCAGACAGAGGGACAGCCAGCUCCACGAAGGCGCACAGACCAACCGAUAGAGGUGUCGGCAGGAGGUGACGGAGGAAGGGGCUGGGCAGGGGCUGUGGUCCGGCCUGGGAGACAUGCAAUUGGUGACCGAGCCAAGGGGACGGACGGCGGGCCCGAGAUGCAGGUAAGCAAGAGGAUGCUGACAAGGGGUGAGAGGAGCAUGCCCAGCCCCCUCCUGGCCUGUUGGCAGCCUAUCCUCCUGCUGGUGCUGGGCUCGGUGCUGUCAGGCUCAGCCACAGGCUGCCCGCCCCGGUGCGAGUGCUCUGCCCAGGACCGUGCAGUGCUCUGCCACCGAAAGCGCUUUGUAGCUGUGCCCGAGGGCAUCCCCACCGAGACCCGCCUGCUGGACCUGGGCAAGAACCGCAUUAAAACACUCAACCAGGAUGAGUUUGCCAGUUUCCCGCACCUGGAGGAGCUGGAGCUGAAUGAGAACAUUGUGAGCACCGUGGAGCCUGGCGCUUUCAAUAACCUCUUCAACCUCCGGACACUGGGGCUCCGCAGCAACCGUCUGAAGCUCAUCCCCCUGGGUGUCUUCACUGGCCUCAGUAACCUGACCAAACUGGACAUUAGUGAGAAUAAGAUUGUCAUCUUGCUGGACUACAUGUUCCAGGACCUGUACAACCUAAAGUCGCUGGAGGUUGGUGACAAUGACCUUGUCUACAUUUCCCACCGAGCCUUCAGCGGCCUCAAUAGCCUGGAGCAACUGACACUGGAGAAAUGCAACCUGACUUCCAUCCCCACCGAGGCACUGUCCCACCUGCAUGGUCUCAUUGUCCUAAGGCUCCGGCACCUCAACAUCAAUGCCAUCCGGGACUAUUCCUUCAAGAGGUUAUACCGGCUAAAGGUCUUGGAAAUCUCCCACUGGCCGUAUUUGGACACCAUGACACCCAACUGCCUCUAUGGUCUCAAUCUGACAUCCCUAUCCAUCACGCACUGCAAUCUGACUGCUGUGCCCUACCUGGCUGUGCGCCAUCUGGUCUAUCUACGCUUCCUCAACCUCUCCUACAACCCCAUCAACACCAUCGAGGGCUCCAUGUUGCAUGAGCUGCUACGGCUGCAGGAGAUCCAGCUGGUGGGUGGGCAGCUAGCUAUGGUGGAGCCCUAUGCCUUUCGUGGCCUCAACUACCUGCGUGUGCUCAAUGUGUCUGGCAACCAGCUGACCACACUGGAAGAGUCUGCCUUCCACUCGGUAGGCAACCUGGAAACACUCAUUCUGGACUCCAACCCACUGGCCUGUGACUGCCGUCUCCUGUGGGUAUUCCGGCGCCGCUGGCGGCUCAACUUUAACCGGCAGCAGCCCACGUGUGCCACGCCUGAGUUCGUCCAGGGAAAAGAGUUUAAGGACUUCCCCGAUGUGCUCCUACCCAACUACUUCACUUGCCGCCGUGCCCGAAUCCGGGAUCGCAAGGCCCAACAGGUGUUUGUAGAUGAGGGCCACACGGUGCAGUUUGUGUGCCGGGCAGAUGGCGACCCACCACCCGCCAUCCUCUGGCUAUCACCUCGAAAGCACCUGGUCUCUGCCAAGAGUAACGGGCGGCUCACAGUCUUCCCCGAUGGCACGCUGGAGGUGCGAUACGCCCAGGUACAGGACAAUGGCACAUACCUGUGCAUUGCUGCCAACGCGGGUGGCAAUGAUUCCAUGCCUGCCCACCUGCAUGUGCGCAGCUACUCACCUGACUGGCCCCAUCAGCCCAAUAAGACCUUCGCUUUCAUCUCCAACCAGCCAGGUGAGGGAGAGGCCAACAGCACCCGAGCCACUGUGCCUUUCCCCUUUGACAUCAAGACCCUCAUUAUAGCCACCACCAUGGGCUUCAUCUCCUUCUUGGGUGUUGUACUCUUCUGCCUGGUGCUUCUGUUUCUCUGGAGCCGGGGCAAGGGCAACACGAAGCACAACAUCGAGAUUGAGUAUGUGCCUCGCAAGUCAGAUGUGGGCAUCAGCUCCACUGAUGCGCCUCGAAAGUUCAACAUGAAGAUGAUAUGAGCACCGGGUGGGGCUCCCUCCCUGGUCCUGUGCCACCCCUCCCUGCCCCAAGUCCUGUGUCCAGCUGCCUCACUGGCCCUCACCACCUCCCCUCUACCAGGACCUCUGAAGUCUGGGCCUGGGGA